ACAUCUACUGUAACAAUGCUGCAACUCAACUCCUCUAACAGCUCACUCAAUGGUCCUGUCUCAACUGGAAACCUGAUUGCCAGUAGUGUGCUGACAGUUUGCUUCAUACUUGGAGUACCUGGUAAUAUUGCUGUAGUGGUGCGUCUUGGUGGAUGGCUAAAGGGAGGCAGUUUCACCCCGAGACUGAUGCUAAGUCUGGCCAUAUCAGAUCUCCUCACUCUGCUUACUUUGCCGGUUUGGAUAUGGGCUCUUCUGCAUGGCUGGGCCUUUGACUUGGUUCUUUGUAAGUUUCUCUCCUAUUUGGUGUACUUAAGUAUCUACUGCAGCAUACUGUGUGUGAUGUUGAUGAGUGUGCAGCGAUACUUGCAAGUGCUGUAUCCUGAAAAAUGGAAGAAGCUUGGCAGGAAAGGAAAGAAAAUCCUUCUGAGUGGAAUGUGGAUCCUAAGUGGAAUAUUAUCAUCCCAUGCUCUUGUACAGCGUACUUUAAACUUGGACAGGGAAGGAUGGCUUCAGUGCAAGCGAUGCUAUCAGAAUGAUGUUGAAAAAGUAGCCACUUUAAUUUGGGAUAUUAUAAUUUUUGUGGUUUCAUUCCCCAUAAUAGUUUAUUUCUAUUUUCACCUAUAUCGGAGAGUUCAUAACUCAGCUUUGUUUAGAAGUAACCUAAUGACCAAACUGGUGAUCAGAAUUGUGGCUUGUUUCUUUAUUUUUUGGAUUCCAUUUCACAUCAACAACUUUCUACUCAUCAUUGCUGUGUUACUUGGAAAUGACAAUCUGUCAAGAUCAGCAGAAGCAGGAGAUAAUAUCACUGGUGCUCUGACUUUUAUUAAUAGUUGUGUAAAUCCCUUUCUGUAUGCUUUUUCUGCACGGGCUCUACGACAGCAAACAGCUGGAACAGAAAAUACUUGAUGUCAUGGUUUUAGAGAGUUUUUAAACAAACUUUUCAGUAAAGAUUUGUUAAACCUUAUUAAUAUGGACCUAAACCUACUACUUUCUGCAGCCUUAUUUAAUCUUUUUUGUUUGUAACAACACAAAAAUAACCAUACUUAAAAAAAAAAAUAAUUCUUAAAAAGGAUCUUGAACUAUCAAAUAAAAAAAGACUUAUUUUCUCCUUUUUCAACAGUUUGUUUUGUGACUGUGCCUUUUAUAAAUGUAUUUCUCAUACCCUAGACAUGCCUAUUUUGGCAAUAAUACUGUAAAACAGAACAUCAAGCUUCGCUUUUCUGUUCUACUGCAGCAUACUGUGUGUGAUGUUGAUAAGUGUCCAGAGAUACCUGCAAGUUCUGCAUCCUGAGAAAUGGAACAUCUU